GGGUUCGGCUGUUUCCGGAGGCGGGCCGGGGCUCUGCUCUGGGGUUCGGUAGUUUCCGGAGGCGGGCCGGUCGGGGGCCGCGGCUCGGCUCUGGGGUUCGGCAGUUUCCGGAGGCGCGGCGUUGUCGGGGUUCGGGGCUGCGGCUGGGCGCUAUGCAGGCGGCCCAGGGCUCCGGUCCCCAGCCCGUGGCGCCCGGACAUGGAGCCGAAGAGGGAGCCGGAGAUGGAGCCCGGCCGGGACCCGAGGAGAGCCGGGACCCUCGCACAGAGAAUGAAGAUCCAAACCCCAGCAGCCCUGACACUGCCCAAGCUCCGGCCUCUGAGCCUUCUUCACCCAGCAGGCCCCAGAAGGGAUCUCCUCUGAGCACGGAUGCUGCAGAAAAUCCGGAAAAAAGCCAAGGGGGCGUACAAGAUCAAGCAGCGGCCGAGGAGGAAACGCCGCCAACAGACCGUCUCCAGACCCCGAAGGAGGAGUCAGUCGUGCUGUCGAGCCAGUACCGAACGUCCCAAGGGCCGGGGGACGUGGUGAUGAUCCAGUCGGAGCACAUGGGAGGGGUGGACGUCCUGUCGGCCGAGCUGGAGUCUGCAGACCUCCUGGGGGACCAGAGGAAAGAGCCUCUGCCACCCCCGCCACCUCUGGCUCCUCCAUCCAUCUGGACCUUUGCCAAAAUGAAGGAAUUCAAAAGCAGGCUGGGGCGAGAGAAGAACUCCCGGCUGGUGGUGAAGCGCGGCGAGGUGGUGACGGUGAGGGUGCCCACCCACCCCGAGGGAAAGAGGCUCUUCUGGGAGUUUGCCACGGAUGACUACGACAUCGGUUUCGGGCUCUAUUUUGACUGGACCCCGGUCACGAGCACCGCCAUCACCGUGCAAGUCAGCGAGUCCAGUGACGAGGAGGAUGAGGAGGAGGAGGGAGAGAUCGAAGGCCUGGUCCCAGCUGGUGAUGUGGAGCGCGGCUCCAGGGGCUCCCUGCGGAACCGCUACGGGGAGAUCGUGCCGGUCUACCGGAGGGACAGCCACCGGGAGGUGCAGGCUGGCAGCCACGAUUACCCAGGCGAGGGCAUCUACCUGCUUAAAUUUGACAACUCCUACUCCCUCCUGCGCAACAAGACCCUCUACUUCCACGUCUCUUACACCAGCUGAGGGACUGAGGCAGUAGCACCUGGGGUGGGAAGGGGAGGGAUGCAGCAGGCCAAGAGGGGCCAUGCGGGGCCUCUUGUCUCUCACGGGCUCUGAGCUCCUGGAGUUCACCCCUACCCAUUGUCCCGGGACAGCUUCUCCCCCGCCCCCAUCUUCUGCAGGUGAAGACGUGGCUUCGGCCGUUCACAGCUGCACACGGGCAGUCCCCUCACCCCAAACUUCAGGGACCCCUUCCCCCACCCCCUGUCUCUGUGAGGUAUCAGGCCAGUGCCCAGAGAGAGAGAGAGUUUGUCCCCGUGAGGGGUUUUGGUACGAUGUUUGUCAUGGGGCUUGAAAUGGCUUCCCUCUUCCCCUCUUAGAGGCCGUUUACCUGUGGAAGCGUCUGCUUCUCCUCUGGAUUUUGUCAGUGUGGGUGGUGGGAUUCCCCAUCUUUCCAUAGUGACUCGUCGGUCUCUCGGGGGAGAGGAAAGCACAUUGUCCUCAAAGAAACUCAGUCUGCGCACUGGGUAGAGGGAGCGACAUAUCUACCCACUGGCGCGGAUCGCUGCCAGGUUCCCACCCUGGGUUCCUCGGCCCAAGGGAGACUUUCCUUCAUCUUGGGCUGCCUGCAGAUGGAGAUUGUGAUCUUGUCACCGCGGCUGGUACCUGCCGGGAAAUCCAGCGGAUCCUGGAAAUUUCUGGGAUGUUACCUCCGCCUCCUCCUCCUCCUCGCUCAUUCUUUGCCUCUCUGGGCAUAUCUGCACUCCGGAGCUCUUUCUUUGGUAGAAAUGGAAAGCGGUGGUGUGUUUAGAAAUCAGGGAUUGAACUGAUAUGGUAUAAUCCCAUAAAACCUUUUUUUGACAUUCAAGAGUGGCUAGAAGAUUUUCCUAUAUAAACAGCAAAGGUGCAUGAGAGAAAAUCCAGGUCACUUGCUGUCUUCCUGUAGUGAUAUGAAUGUUACCUAUAGAAUGUGUGUGGAAGCCAAAUAUGGUGAAAGCAGAACAGGUCAUUAUUUCUGAGGGUGAGGCGGGGGGGUAACAUGCUUUACUCAUGCAUCACCCUCUCAACCUGGAGCCUUGCUGCCUUGUGGUUUGUCACGUUCACAGCUCAGGGGAAGGGAGUGCUGGGACUCCACUGUCGCCAUGUUCGCUUCCCAGCAGAGCCCCGUGUCUCUCUCUGGUCACGUAUUCCCUCAUCAUCAACCUGAAAGUGGGGAUGCCACAGGGCAUCGGGUGGCAUUGCCUACCAGGGUUGAGGCCCCUGGGUUCUGGGGCAGAGAAACCAUGAAGGAACCGGUCUUCUCAUUUUUAGCACCAGUUCAGUUACUGUUUUGGAUCAGGAGCGGGGACCAUAUUUAUUUAUUAAGUUAUUUAUUUUUGAAAAGCAUUUCAAUCUGCCUUGAAAAUCAUUUCCAUCAGCUGGCCUGAAGGGUUAUCGUCAGGUUGGAGACCCUCGACCAGCUUCCUCAAUGCCGGGGGGAUGUUUCCCCCCCUUUUCCCCCGAUGUUGAGGCUGGUUUGAGGGGGAGGGGGUUUUGGGGGCCCAUCAAGUUUCAUCCCUUCAGGACAAAACUGUGAAGUUCUAGGCAGGGCCUGUCUGGGAGGCUAAUUUUCCUCUAAAAGAGGGAUGAGGACAAACCAAAUACCUACUGAAAGUGCAAUCCACUGCCUGCUCUGAGGAAUACAGCCAAGUCUCAUUUCCAUCAUCAGUAACAUCAUGAAUUGAGCCAAAACAGUGUGCAGAGCACUGUGCGGGGCACACGGGGAUCAUUCACAUCAGAGUAAAAUAUGGGGUUCUUGUCCUUGAGGAGUUUACCACACUGAUGCCGAGUAAACGAGUUCUGGUGUAAUGGAGAUUGAGAUUCAGAGUUCUCGGUUUGGGUGCAGGAUGACUGAGUUUUGGACAUAUCGGCAUUGAGUUCACGUGCCUCCUCGUUGGCUCCUCUCUCAGGGUUGAAUUCUUUCAGUUCCUCCUAGGGAGCAGAGCUCCAGUUGGGCUGGUCUCUGGUGAUGUGCCUCAGCAUCCUCACUUCAUUUGAGGUUUCCCUUUCUUCCUGCGAUUGGUUUUAAAUAUCUCUUGCUCUUUCCCGCUUCUAAAACUUGCAGGAAAGAUGGGCACCAGUUGUCUGGGACACCGGUACUUUCCCAGCACAUGGGAUGGAUACUUGAAAACCAAUCAGGUGGUUGGGUGGCCAGCAAAGUUAACGGUCCCGCGUUUUAGCCACUUAGAUAUCUUCUUCCUUUAUUAAAGGUCUUCCGAGCUGUUUUCUGACUGAC